AUGGCCCGUGGUAACCAGAGAGAUCAGUCUCGCGCGAAGAACGAGAAAAAGAAACAGGAGCUGCUCAAGAGCCAAAAGAAAGCGGUGGGCAAGGGCGGUAUACUGGGCAAAAAGGAGCACGAUGCUGAUAAGAUGAGAGCGAAGCAAGCGUUGGCCGAUCAGCGGAAAGAAGCUGAAGCACUUGCAGCAGCCAAGAAGUAA